CGGAAAAGAAUUAUUGGUAAGUCGUGUUAACUUGCUGCUGCUGCUGUAGAGCCUAGCAAGGGGAGAGAACCGAAGGAGAAGGGAGAAUCCGCAUGAAGGAAAGAAUUUUAAGCUCGAUAAACACCUGGCAGCGUGGAAGAAAGCAACAGAACAGGUAUCACCAGCAACUUGGCAACUUCUCUCCCCUGGCUCUCCAGCGUGUAAGGACACCCCCUUACCCCCAUCAUCAUAUCUUAAAAGUCACCUAGUGCCUCUGCCUGAUAGGUCAUAACCUCCCCCUGCACCUCACCAGUGCAAAAACAACAACAACAAAAAAAAUCUGUACACCAGCAAGAAACUAACUGAAGCUUUCAUCCAUUUGAGCAGAGUCAGAUUCACCACAGCUACCAAAGUUAACGGUCUGUAUCAGCCACUAUCCAAACUUCCGAUUUCUCUCAUUCUCAAACCUUCUCAUCGCCCUCAUCGAGUUGGAAAUCUGACGACAGUAAUUGCACCAUUAUGGCCUCCAUCACCCAGUCAUCUGAGCCUGAGAUCCCAGACAACCACAAGGAGAGCUGGCUGGCGCUGCUUUCUGCUGCGGAAGCAUAUUGCCAAAAGUCUGGAUGCGACCUGGCCAUUCUCACAGCCUGUAAGAAGUUCCGGUCGUCGACUGGAGAAGGAGAUGGGAUGAGGAAACGGGAGAGCAGCAGUGCCUUUCCGAGGGAGUGUGAUUUCUCCUAUAGCGUGUGGGGUCAGGGAUUUCUGGCUGAGUCGGCGCGCCGUUACGUGGAUGACAUCGGUGUGCUGCACUCCACAACCAUGCUAACAGCCCAAAAGCACACACGCCAAGCAGGGGGAGAGGGGGGAACUAAGCUGGGGGUUGACCUGACCUCUGACCCUGCUCACAGGGGGAGCUUCACAGGAGACGGCGUGGUGGGAGGAGUGAGUCCCAACGGAAGGCUGUACUCCCAAAGUUACCCGUCGAUCUACAGCUCAGCGGCUGUGAGCGGGCACGGCGGCAGGCACAACGGCAACGGAGAGGGCGACCGGGAGAAGAGCGCCCUGGAGAUAGAGCAAGGGAGACAGAGGGCUGGGAUCGAGGAUUUGGAAGAAGAGUGUGAAGAUGAGGACGAGGAGGAGGACAUGGACGAGAGAAGACCCUACGGGAAUGAGAGUGCUGGUGUUUUUUCAAUGGAUGAGGACUCCAUUUCUCGGGACUGCGAGCCAUUCUUCGAGUCUGACGGGGAGGAGGAGAGCACUGACGGCUCGUUGAGCGAAGACGCCCCCCCACCAUCUCGUGGCAUGGCUAUGGGUCAGUCUGCGUACUCAUCCCGUCACACCCACCCCAUGGCCCUGGCCCGCUCCCUGCCCGUCUCUGUGCCCGUGUGGGGCUGCAAGGGAAACAGAGCGGCUCAGGGAGAUGGCAGCAGCGGAGAACGGGUGGGCUGUGCUGACCUGGAGCACAUCGCCGCCAGUAUGAAGGCCUUGCUGGCCCCCGGUGCCACUGACGGGACGGAAAUGUUUGGGGCCCUGCCCAGACCCCGUCUCAACACAGGGGACUUCUCCCUAAAGCACUGAGAGAGCGAGAGAAAGAAAGUGAGUGAAGCAAGAAGAGAGAAAGGGAUUGAGUCAGAGAGAAAUAUGGAGAGAGGUUGUGGUGAUGGGAGGAAACCUGGAUUGGCUGGCAAAUGUGACGUACACGAUAUGAAACAAUGUAAAAGCUAGUACCUCCAUUUAUUUCUCACUAACCAAAAUUAACGGCACAUGCUUUGAGGAGUCAUGAAGACGUGUUGUUAUGAACACUAAUAACAUUCUCAACACUACACCCCUCCCCCCACAUUCACAAAAUACUUCACAAUACUAGCCACUAAAGGACACUACAUUAAGAUUGGGCCUCAAGAUGUGUGUGUAGUGACGCACUGCACUGAACAAGACACUAAAACAAACUGUGUAAUGUGUAACUGAUGCUGAGCAUUUGCCUUUUGGUCAAAUUACCUGUGAAGUGGUGAGAUGCUAGAGAACAGUUCAUUGGCUCUGCUGCUGCAUGCUAACACAUUAGCUUUCAGUGAUAGUAGCUUAAUUAUGAAACCCGUAGCUCUAAAGCUAAAUGCUGCUGAAGAAAAAUUUGGUCAUACAUUUUUAUGUCUUCUUUUUGAGAGUUGGGUGACAAGAUUGAGUCUUCUGUUAAAUGUGAAGUUAGAAUCUGGGGAAGCUUAGCUUAGCUUAGCUUGGUAGGCUAAAAGCAAUCUAGCUACAGCUAGCUGAACCCUUCACCUUUAAGGCUAGCUAAUUAGCAUGUUAUAUCUUGACUGUUUAAUAUGUGUACAGCAGAAGCUACAACUGGUUUAUCCAUCUCAUCUCCUCAUGUUCAUACCUGGUUACGUUCAAUGCUAAAGUUGCAGUCACAUCGUUUAAACAAAAAUUUGUAAGACUCUGUUUACAGAUGCCAUCGUUCCAUUAUGUGGCUAAAAUAUAAUUUAAUGGUGUUUCAUAUAAAAAUGUUUGCACCUGUAGGUCAUUCACUCUUAUCAUGAAGAAGCCAGUUUUCAUCGAUCUGGCCUCACUGGCAUUUAGCACAACAUGCUAAUAUGUUAGCACCACUACAUGGAUGUUUUCUCUGCAUGCUCCCAUCAUUUACUGGUAAAGAUGGCCAACAGGGUAGUUGUCACCCCCUAGGAAACAGAGGGUUUCCUUUAAGGAGAAGAACCCAGAGAAUUGUUUCACUUAACAUAAAGCAGUGGCUUUUCAAGAUGUGAGCAGAGGACACCAGCACCUCCUCAUAACAUGCCUAUUUUUACUUUCACCUUUGCCAAUGAAUGACUGACUGAUAGAAUGAUUUUAAACCAAAAGUUCUAGGAGAUGGUAUCGUUUGUUCGUUUUCUUCUUUUUUUUUUUUUUCCUUUGGCUCCAGAAAACUUGUAGAAAUGAUUGAAUGAAUGACAAAGUGACUGUGUGUGAGAAAGGAAGAAAGAUUGGGUUGAUUUGAAAGAAAGAAAAAAAUGUCAAUCGCCGACAUUGCAAAAACAAGUAAAUGUUCUGUUAAGUACUUUUAUGUUUCAAAUAAAGGAGCAACACCAAGUGAAAA